AUGGCCCGCGCGGUUGUAAUGCAUACAGUUAAUGUGUCGGGCUAUGUGCCGUUCAAUGUGGACAUCCCAACUGUCGCACUCUGGGAAAAAUCAACAGCAUGUGGGCAAUUGAUCCGCGACAAUAUGCACUGGUGUGAGUAUGCCGUGGGACAGCCGCACAGCCAGCCGCAUUUUUUCGAGGAUAUCAUGGAGAUGGUCCCUCGCAAAUCUUUCAAGAAAAAAGAUCCCUUUAAGAAGAAGGCGCGUGACAUCAAGCAUUGCUGGUUGCAAGGAGCGCAGCACUGUGUCGAGCACAAUGCCGUCUGCAGUGUGCCUUCAGCCGAUUUUUCGGUUGCAGGUCUGCCCUGCACAGAUAUGUCCAAAGCAGGGAAAAGGGCUUUUCGUGAGGGGGCCACAGCCCCGGUGUAUGCCGUGCAUGGCAAAUUCCAUGGCCACAAGCAGACCCCGUUGCUGCUGUUGGAAUGCACACCGGACUUGGACAUGGACAUGGUGAUGCAAACCCAUCCGGACUACGACUUUUUCCAGUUGUUCACAGAGCCGGCUGAUUCAGGCCAUUUUGCAAUGGCCAGGGCACGGACCUAUGUCAUCGGCCGCCACAAGAAAAAAACUUGCUGUCUAAGAGACCCCUUCGAACUCCAUGCAAGGAUCAAGGAUGCCGUGCAUCGUUAUGUCACGACAAAGCCCUCGGACUAUCUCGUGGCCACCAAGGGUGAAGUCCUCAUGGAGGCAGAGGCUUGUGCCCGACAGCGUGGGAUACCGUUCCAGCCGGGCUGUCUCAACCUUUGGUACCUUCUGCUCCAGAGGGAGCAAGAAGUCGUCGAGAAGUUGAACGGAGAGUACAUGCGCAGAUUUGGGGACGACCCGUGCCAGAACCCGAAUCUCUGCUACUACCUCGGAGACUCAGCCGAGUAUCGAACAUGGUCCGCAAGCUCUGGCAAAGUACCAACUUUUCGAUUGGGGAGCAAGACAGCCAAGUAUUGGUUCCCCAUGUUCCAGCGAUGGCUCACAGCCAAGGAACGACUGAGCCUGAUGGGGUUCCCAGUCGUGCCGGAAUUGGCUGCUUCAAUGUUGGUGGGGCAGUACCCUGCGACCGACGUCGGCCGUGCUAGCGAUGUCUGUGGCAAUGCCAUGCACUUCAACUGCUCCGCCCUGAUGCAAAUGUUGGCCCUUUCAUGCUUCGGGCCGUCCGACUUGUGA